UCAAUCAGCUGUUUAUGACAUUUUCUGAAGCUCGUUUAGUAGUCACAUAAUUUUUGUCAACAAAGACCAUUUAUGGUGGAUGAUUUUUCCACAGUUGUGAAAAUGGCCAUGCCAUCUAUUAAUCCUGUUAAUUACGUUAUCGAAAGACAGUAUAAAGACAAUAUUUUUAUAAAAAAUAAAUUGGUUAGUGCUAGGUUGUCAAAAGCUAGAAACUUAUACAGGAAAGAUCUGCUUGCACAUUAUGGGUGUGUGAAUGCCAUAGAGUUUUCUAAUGAUGGUGAAUAUUUAAUAUCUGGCGGAGAUGACAAAAGAGUUUUACUGUGGUAUAUCCCAGAAGCAAUCUACGAUCGGGGUUCCCCGGUUGUUAUGUGCACACCCCACAGAAGCAAUAUAUUCUGUUUAACUUUUGAUUCUUGUAACGAGAAGAUCUUUUCAGGAGGUAAUGAUGAUCAGGUUUUGAUUCAUCAAGUAGAAAGACGAACUAUGAUGAAUAGCAUUCCACAUGAUAAACCUGUAUAUGGAAUUAGUAUCCAUCCACAGAACGAUAAUAUUAUUGCCACUGCAGGCGAGGACGGUAGAAUAUUACUUUUUGACAUCAGGGAAGUUCCUAAUCAAGAAGUUCAAGUCGUAGCACAAGAAAAUAGUGGAUUUCACUCUGUAAUGUUCAAUCCAAUAAAACCACGUUACCUCGUUACAGCCAAUUCGGAAGAAGGCGUCAGCCUUUGGGAUUGUAGAAAACCUAAAAAUCAACUGAUCCACUACGAUUCACAAAACGGCAAAACCAGCGGAAUAAGCGCUUGCUUCGACUGUACCGGCAAAAAAGUGCUAGCUCUAAGACGUCGCCUGCCUCCCGUUUUAUAUUUAGCCGAAUCUGAAAAUGCCUUGUGCCAGUUUUACCAUCCUCAGUACUAUAAUUCGUGUACUAUGAAGACGUGCUGCUUUGCCGGUGAAAACGAUGAAUACGUCCUGAGUGGGUCCGAUGAUUUCAACCUCUACAUGUGGAAGAUACCAACGGAUGAUUGUGAAUGGGGUUCAUCUCAUAUGGUUUUACGAGGUCACAGGUCCAUAGUGAAUCAAGUACGGUAUAAUAGCCAUAAUAAUUUUAUAGCGUCUUCUGGUGUCGAGAAAAUGAUAAAGCUAUGGAGCUCAGUUCCAAUAGGAAACUGGAGAGGUUCGAUUCUUAGAGAACAUACCGAACCAGUUAGAAAAAUAUAUACUCAUGAUGAUUACAUGAGUUUGGUGGGCAAUAGUGAUCGUAUAAAUCACGACUACAGUGACCAAUCAACCGGCGAAGAUUCCAAAAUGAUGGCCUUCUUCGAUUCGCUAAUUCAAAGAGAAAUCGAAGGCUGGGAUUCCCAGACCGACGGCACGUUUUCCACGGAUAGCGAUAGCGAGGAAGAGGAUUGGUCUAAGCUUAUUUCUAAAAUAUUCAAAAACGGCAAAUGCAGUUCCGAGGAACCAAAGAAAUAUCGAUCAAAUAGAAUAACGCAAUUGAUUUCUAAGAAAAAAUGUACACUAGCCAAGUUAGCCCAUAGCAAAAGUACAAGUUAUAGAAAAAAAUAUCAUCAAAAACUCCAUAAAAGAAAAUCGGCCAAAUCCAAGUACGGUAAACAUAACGGUUUACAUAAAAAGUCCCACAAGAAGUGUUCAUCAGAAAGAGAGGCUUCGACUCCGAAGAAGCAUAAGAGGUCAGCCGCUAGACCAUCCAAAUACUUUACUAGGAGCGUGAAACAUAUGACUGAUAACGACUCGACUGAAAAUUCUCUCGAUACUCCCAGUACCAGUACCGGCAUUACUGGUUCGGAAAGGUCCAUUUUCAGACUGAUUGAACAAGACUCUGAUGAAGACGCUAGGAAUUUAAAUGAGAUCGAAGGCGGUGAAGAAGUAGAAGCGAAUAAUUUUGUAAAUAUUUUACCUACACCUUUGAAUGGGUCUAGAGACGUUUUAAUAAACAUAUUGGAGGUAGCCAAUGGUAGUACUAGAACUUUAAGAUCUUCCACCUCAACCCCCCGACACUCCAACGAAGACUACCAGCGCCAGCCUCAAACCAACGGCGCAAGCUCCAUGAACGGCUCCUCCUCCACCCCCGAAAACGCCGAUCAAGGCUACAGCGAAACCAGCGACAGCGACGUCGAGUACGCGACUCCAGCCAAGCGGCGACACACAAGCGUGUCGGACUCAGGCUGUGGCACAGGGCCCAGCUCGAGCAGUAGCGUUAGGUCGAGGAAGACCAUGCAUCGGCUACAUCCUGAGUGUUCUAACGACGAAAGAAGUCCCGACAGAGACAGAUGUAGAUACAAGAAAUGUAGGUAUACGAUUAGAAAGGCGAAGAGAGUCAAAAAGAGAAUCGGUGCCGAUUCUGAUGAGAAUUAAGUUCGGUCGUAUCUAUAUUUUUAUUUUUAUAUUAUGAUUUUUGCAAUUAACAACUUGGCAACCUGCGCAGAAAAGUGAAAUAUGUGAAAACGAAAUUUGGUCUAGAAAGUUUCAGUUAGUGGAUUUAGCUGAAAUUUGAAGAUAAUUUUUAGUUUUUGGAUUAAAGAAAAGUUAAACUAUGAUAAAAUUAGGGAUUUAUUCGAGUGCUGAAAUAUAAUAUAAAUGAUUAAUUAUUUAUAUUUAACUGUAAAUCGUGGUUUGUAUCUUUCCAUUUUUCCCUCGCAGUCAUAGGUACACGAUUAUUCACUAUAUUUUGACCACCCUGCAAACUGCUUUAUUUACAGAAUUAGAAAAAAAUGUAAAAUACAGAAGUUAUUUGAUUUUUUGACAUAAACUUAACGUGCAUAGAAAUCGGCCUACUUAAAAAUUUGGUCAGUUUUGUUGUCUCAUAUUUCCUAAACCUGUUGGCCGAUUUAAGCGAUUUUUUGAACAUAUCAUAGCCUGAUUCUUUAACAAUACCACUGUAGUAAUAUUGUUGCUAAAUACUUAAAUUUUCAUUGUAUACCGGGUGUACCAAUCAAACUGUGUUUUUUUUCUCAAAGUUCGCAUCACCCUGUGGAGUAUUCUAGCAUUUAUAAAAUACUUAAAUUAAAACCCAUCUAUAGCCUCAGGUUUUCUUAACAUUCUGUUUUUUUUUUAUUCAUUCGUUUAUGUUGGAUAAUAAAAAAGUUAGGUACUUUAACAACUACACAUGUUCUUCAUCAAUACACGGUGUUUCUAAAUAAGUGCGACAAACUUUAAGGGAUAAUUCUGCAUGAAAAAAUAAUGACAGUUGGCUUUAUAAAUAUUCUCAAUUUUCACAACACCCUGUGGAAUAUUCUGGCCUUUAUAAAAUAUUGAAAUUAAAACCCAACUAUAGCCCGAGAUUUUCUUAACAUUCUAUUUUUUUAUUCAUUCGCUUAUGUUGGAUAAUAAAAAAGUUAGGGACUUUGACAACUAGCCAUGUUCUUUAUCAAUACAGGGUGUUUUUAAAUAAGUGGGACAAAUUUUAAGUGGUAAUUCUGCAUGAAAAAAUAAUGGCCGUUUGCUUGAUAAACCUAUGUCCGCAAAUGUUUCGUUUCCAAGAUACGGGAUGUUGAAUUUUUUCUUACAAACUGACGAUUUAUUUGAUUGCUUUAAAACCGGUUGAGAUAUGCCAAUGACAUUUGGUGGGUUUUAAGACGUAGUUAUUGCACAUUUUUUGACAUACAAUUAAGAAUUUAAUAUUCACUAUUAGCGCGCAUACGUGAAAUAUGACCGAUCAUAUUUCCCGGUUGCACGCUUAUGGUGAAUAUAAAAUUCUUAAUUGUAUACCAAAAAACCGCAAUAACUCUCUUAAAACCUACCAAAUUUCAUUUGCAUAUCUUAACUGGUUUUAAAGCAAUAUAUAAAUCGUCAGUUUGUAAGAAAAAAUUCAACAUCCCGUAUCUCGGAAACGAAACAUUUGCGAACAUACGUUUAUAAAGUCAACUGUCAUUCUUUUUUCAUGCAGAAUUACCCCUUAAAGUUGGUCGCACUUAUUUAAAAACACCGUGUAUUGAUGAAGAACAUGUCUAGUUGUUAAAGUACCGAACUUUUUUAUUACCCAACAUAAACGAAUGAAUCAAAAAACAUAAUGUUAAGAAAACCUGAGGCUAUAGUUGGGUUUUAAUUUCAGUAUUUUAUAAAUGCUAGAAUAUUCCACAGGGUGAUGCGAACUUUGAGAAAAAACACAGUUUGAUUGGUACACCCGGUAUACAAUGAAAAUUUACUUGUUUAGCAAUAAUAUUAUUCCAGUGGUAUUUUUAAAGAAUAAGGAUAACCUGUUCAAAAAAUCACUUAAAUCGGCCAACGGGUUUAGGAAAUAUGAGACCUCAAAAAUGGCCAAAUUUUUAAGUGGGCCGAUUUCUAUGCACGUAAGUUUAUAUAUCAUACUAGUGACGUCAUCCAUCUGGGCAUGAUGACGUAAUCGAUUAUUUUUUUUAUUGAGAAUGGGGGUCGUGUGCUAGCUCAUUUAAAAGGUGAUUUAAUUCUCUAUUCAGUAAUAUAAACAUUAAGAUAAUUAUUUAUACAGGGUGUCCAAAAAUUGUGUUUGAAUUAAUUAAUUGACACAAAAAGAAGAAUGUACGUAAUUUAUUUAAUUCAAAAUGUCUUCUACUGCUGUUAGAAAACAGAAAUUGCACAAAUAAACAUUGCUUUUUGCUUAAAUUCAAUGUUCAAACUGCCAAGAGGCAGAUGGGUGGCAGCUUGAACAUUGAAUUUAAGUGAAAAGUAAUGUUUAUUUGUUCAAUAAACAUUUAUUUCUGUUUUCUGACAGCAGUAGAAUGUAUUUUGAAAAAAAUAAAUUACAUACAUUCUUCUUUUUGUGUCAAAUAAUUUAAUUAAAAAACAUUUUUUCUGGAUACCCUGUAUAAAUAUUCAUGUUAAUGUUUAUAUUACUGAAUAGGGAAUUGAAUAACCUUUCAAAUGAGCUAGCACACGAUACCUAUUCUCGUUUAAAAAAACAGUCGAUUACGUCAUCACGCCCAGAUGGAUGACGUAACUAGUACGAUAUAUAUGUCAAAAAAUCAUAAUUUAAAAAUCGAAUAACUUUUGUAUUUUACAUUUUUUUCUAAUUCUGUAAAUAAAGCAGUUAACAGGGGGGUCAAAAUAUAGUGAAUAACCCUGUACAUAAGGUACAUAGGUACUUUAUGUACCUUAAGGGUGUUUUUAAGGAGCUAUAGAACUUUGAAAUGAAAUAAAACCUAGAUAACGCGUCAAUAUUUUAUUAACAUGUAUACUUUGACAGCUUGGAUUCAGUUCGCUUCGGGUUACAGCAAAAGCGGCUCUGAAGACGCUCUAAAGCAGAAACCUAGGUCAGCCGAUGGUGGUGGCUUCGAAUCGAAUUUAAUCUAAAUAUUUCUUUCCCUAUUCCAUAUUUUUUUAAAUUGACAUGAAAUUGACUUUGUUAGAAAGAUAGUUUUUUGGCGUUAUAAUUUUAGUAUGUUUUCUGACUUAUGACCACCACGGCUGGAUCUGACAAGUCUAAUAAAGAGAUCCAGUUUUCGGCCAUUUUUUCCAACAUUUGUGGCCGUAUAACGACAAUAACGCGGCGAAUGUUGUCCUCCAAGCGGUCAAUCGUUUCAGGCUUAUUGGAGUAGACUAGCGACUUCACAUAUCCCCACAGAAAAUAGUCUAGCGUUUUCAAAUCGGAAAAUGAGAAACUAUGCGGUUAGCCGACGUAUAUUAGCCAUAAAUCAAUUGUGGCACACGCCGUGUUAUAUGUUGUGCCGUCUUGUUGAGACCACAGCUACUGCACAUUGUGCUUAUUCAAUUGGGGAAUGAAAAAGUCAGUAAUCAUGGCUCUGUAACGGUCACCAUUGACUGUUAAGGUACGUAUCCAUUAUAGGCGAGCGGCAGGCAACCCCAAAAUGACCAGGUACUGACCAGGGAGAGCUGAAUGGCCAAUUUUAGACAUACUGUAUGUUUUUGACGGUGCUGAAAACGACAAUGAGAUUUAUUUUGAAUUUCAUGGGGGGGAACAUUGUCGAAAUCACAAUUUUACCCUACAAAUAAAAAAAAAUAAAAUCACCUUUUUUUUGCGUUUACCUCGCUACAAUUCUGACCCAUUUUAUUAUUUUUUUCUGUAAUUUUUACAGUAUAUAGCUUUAACAUUUCUAAAGACAACGGUACCUCCUGCAAGCUUUAAUUCUUAUUCUGAUAAAGGUUAUAAAUUUUUCAAAGGAAAAAGUGCGGAUUUGCGCAUUGCAAAGUUUAAUCGCAAAAGUUGAGUGGCAAAAUUUAAAAUUUAGCCUUUUAAUCACGUUUAUGUUAAAAUAGAGAGUACAAAGAAGUUUUCUGGAAAAUUUUAGAUCAAAAUGUUUUAUAGAAAAAAAAAAUAGUGCAAUCUUUAUUAUUGACAUUUGAAAUCCCCAAUAUAACGGUUAUUUUUCGAGAUACUGACCAUGGAUGGUGAAUGGCUAAUUUUGGUGUUAGAUUAUGUUUUUGGCGGUGCGGAAAACGAAAAUGAAAUUUAUUUUAAAUUUUAGGUGGGGGAAUAUUGUCAAAAUCGCAAUUUUACCCUAAAAUAAAAAAAGUGAAAUCACGUUUUUUGCGUUUAACUCGCUACAACUCUGGUCCAUUUUAAUAUUUUUUCUAAGGUUUGUACACUGUAUGUUGCUCACUUUUUUGAAGUCAAUGGUAUCUGUUUUAAGCUUUUAGUCUUAUCCUAGUAAAAGUUAUGAAUUUUUUAAAGUACAAGGUGCAGAUUCGUGAAUUGCGUUUAAUCGGCAAUUUAAAAGUUGAGUGGCAAAAUUAGAAAUUUAUCUUAUUAAUCACGUUUAUGUUAAAGAAUAAAGUACAAAGAAGUUUUGUGAAAAGUUGUAGUUUCAAAUGUUUUAUAGAACAAAAAUGGCGCAACUUUUAAUAUAGACGUUAUACAUCCCCAAAAUAAUGCUUAUUUUUCGAGAUACUGACCAUGGGCGGUGAAUGGCUAAUUUUGGUCUUAUUUUAUGUUUUCGAUGGUGCUGACAAUGAAAAAGAGGUUUAUUUUGAAUUUUAUGUGAGGAAACAUUGUCAAAAUCGCAAUUUUAACCUAAAAAUGAAAAAAAAAAAUGAAGUCACGAAUAUUUACGUUUAACUCGCUACAACUCUGUUCCAUUUUAAUAUUUUUUUCUGAAAUUUCUACAGCCUAUAUUUCUCACCUUUGUGAAGACUAUGAAAGCCACUGUUGUCUUUCAGUCUUUUCUUCAUAAAAGUUAUGAAUUUUUAAAAAUCUAAAGGUGCAUAUUCCUGAAUUGCAAAGUUAAAUCGCAAAAAUUUAGUGACAAAAUUUAAAAUUUAUCUAUUUGAUUACGUUUAUGUUAAACCAUAUAGUUCAAAGAAGUUUUAUGGGGAGUUUUAGAUAUAGAUGUGUUAUAGAAAAAAUAUGGUGCAACUUUUAAUUUUAAGAAAAACGUUUAAGCAAUUGCGAUUUUUGCCAUGUUUUCCCCACUAAAAUUCAAAAUUAACUUGAUUUUAGUUUUCAGCACCAUUAAAAACAUAAAGUAAGACCAAAAUUAGCCAUUCACCACCAAUGAUCAGUAUCUCGAAAAAUUAGCGUUAUUUUGUGGAUUUAUAACGUCGAUGUUAAAAGUUGCACCAUUUGUUUUCUAUAAAACAUGUUGAUCCAAAACUUUCCAGAAAACUUAUUUGUAGUCAUGUUUUAAAAAAAAAAUCAAUUCAAAAUCUAUAUUUCAAAUUUUGUCAGUCAAAUUUUGCGAUUAAACUUUGCAAUUCACGAAUCUGCCACUUGUACUUUAAAAGAUUCAUAACUUUUGCUAGAAUAAGACUAAAAGCUUAAAGCAAAAACCAUUGUCUUCAAAAAAGUUAGCGAUAUAUAGUGUACAAACUUUAGAAAAAAAUAUUAAAGCGGACCAGAGGUGUAGCGAGCUAAACGCAAAAAAACGUUAUUUCAUUUUUUUUUUAUUUUUAGGGUACAAUGCAAUUUUGACAAUAUUCCCCCACCUAAAAUUUAAAAUAAAUUUUAUUUUCGUUUUCAUCACGGUCAAAAACAUAAUCUAAGACCAAAAUUAGCCAUUCACCACCCAUGGUCAAUAUCUCGAAAAAAAAGCGUUAUAAUGGGGGUUUCUAAUGUCGACAUUAAAAGUUGCACUAUUUUUUUUUUUUUUUCUAGAAAACAUUUUGAUCUAAAACUUACGAGAAAACUUAUUUGUACUCUCUAUUUUAACAUAAACGUGAUUGAGAAACUAAAUUUUAACUUAAUCACACAACUUUUGCGAUUAAAUUUUGCAAUACACAAAUCCGCACCUUUUCCUUUGAAAAAUCCAUAACCUUUAUCAGAAUAAGAAUUAUAGCUUGAAACAGGUACCGUUGUCUUCACAAAUGACCAUUUACCUCUCCGUUCCGCUCGUCUAUUACAUUGGUGCUCCGUGUGGAUACGACAUGCGCUCCUCUACAUAUAAACCGCCACCGAUUAGAUCGCGGAGGGUGAGCGCCGCUCCGGUCGUGCGUAGAGGAGCGCAUGCCGUUUCCACACGGAGCACCAACGUAAUGGAUACGCACCUUAACGUUCUGGCCAGCAUCGUUUUUGAAGUAGCACGGAUCAAUGAUUCCACCAGCCCAUAAAGCACACUAAACAGUCAGUUUUUCUGGAUGUAAUGGUGUCUCAACAUUCACUUGAGGAUUAUCUUCACUCAAAAUACGGCAGUUUUGUUUGUUGACGUAGCCAUUCAAGCAAAAGUGAGCUUCAUCGGCAAACAAAAUUCGCUUAGGAAAAUCGGGAUCAACGGCAAUCUCGUUUUGGGCCCAUUCACCGAAUCUACGACUUGCUAGGUGAUCGUGUAGCUUCAAUUCUUGUCCGAGUUGGAUUUUGUAAACACGCAAAGCAAUAUUAUUCCGGUUAUAUUAGGUUUGCACCGCAGUUUGUCUUUUAUUGCCUUUACAUAUCUUCAGCUUCUUGUCGACAUACUUCGGUUUAUAUAGUACUAAGGAAAGAGAAUGGAGGACAGCAGACUCAUUAAAAGCGCAAAAACAAAUAACCCAGUAGGUAAAAGACCACAUGGUAGGCCACCAAAACGAUGGCAAGAAUGCUGGACUUCAUCGUCCAGGGCAGACUUGAUGGCAAUGAACAGACAGUAGCCUACUAAGAUGAUCGAUCAUGCUAGAAAGAAGAAGAUUUUUAAUUGCUUAUUUUGAGAUACCUGCCUAUAUAAACGAGAAUUUAAUAAAAAUUUGAUUUAGUUGGUCAUUUUAAGAUCAUGCUUUGGUAAUUCUCUAAAGAAUUAGUGGAUGGUGACCGUUCGGGUACCAUCGGGUGUCUAAAUUAAACGAGCGUACUCCCCUACCAUGUCUGACCCCUGUUAAACUUCUAUAGGUUUGUUCCAACUCGAUACAAAACCGUUCUUGAAUCGUUACGCGCAUGCGCAAUAACGAAUGAUUAUGUCCAGUAACACAUUUUUUGUUACUGCGCAUACGUGUAACCGUUCAAGAACGAUUUUGUAUCGAGUUGGAACAAACCUUAUAUCUUAUGUUACAUCCAAAAUGAUGUGUUAUGAGACUUAUGUCCAGUUGCACCAACAAAUAAACGAUUGAUUUGGAUUGCUCGUUUAUUUUAAAAUAUAAUUGUCAAAAGACUGUCAAAUUAAAAACAGAAAUUUUAACGAUUCUCCCAAAAAAUAUUAAAAUUUAACCUUUUUCGACAGAAAAGUGUUCUGUUAUUAUAUUUGAUGGUAAAAAAUUUAAUAUUUUUUGAGAAAUCGUUAAAAUUUCUGUUUUUAAGUGACAGUUUUUUACAAUUAUUAUAUUUUAAAAUAAACGGGCAGUCCAAAUCAAAAAAUCAACCGUUUAUUUGUUGGUGCAACUGGACAUUAAUCUCCUUUGCUGAUGUGCAUUUGCCAAGUUGUUUAAUUGUUUACAUUUUUGUUUGGAGGUUUUGGAAAUAACACACAAAUGAAAGUAGAGGUUAUAUCAAAUCCAACCAUUAAAUGUCAUAAUCACACUGUUGACAAGUGACAGUGUAAAAAUUAAUAUUAAAAAUUAAUUUAACAGUUUUUUAGAUACAAUUUGGUAAAUGAGAUGGUUUAUUAUUGUGCUUUGUAUUAACAUUAUUAAAAGUUUAUUUAUACACUCACAGUCAAAUUUACCAUGUAGUUGGGGUGACACAAUGGAGUAUCAAGCAAGACGAACUCUUGUACAACUCGUCUUACAAGUAUCUAGGCACAUACAUUAUACUUCCUAUGUGAAAAAUUUUGUCUUCUUUUUUUUAAUAUGCAUGGACAGUGGGUAGAAUUGCAUUCCCUGUUGUCCACCCUUACAACCAAAAAAAAAAAAGUUAUCAUAAACUGUAUCUUCCAGAAUCACAUGUAGACAUCUGUAUCGAUAAAAUAUUAUAAUACCUGUAUAAUAUAUUAUACUUAAUAAAAAUGUUGUAACCAAAUUGUCGAAGUAAGUACGUGGUAUUUCCGAUACCUCCAAAUAAUUUAUUUUUCUAUAAUUUAUAUAGUCUUGUUGGAAAUUAUCUUUUUUGUUAUUUAUAAUUUGAUGUAUUAUCAUAUAAAUUAAUUAUAAACAUACACAAUA